AUGCUGACAAAGAAGAACUGGUACAUCCAUAGUGAUAGAAUUGUGGUGGAAGGCAAUUGCAGUGUUGUGAUUCAACGCAUUCUUCCACCUAAGCACAAAGAUCCUGGAGUUGUCACGAUACUGUGUUCCAUUGGUGAGGUUGUUGUAGGAAAAGCUCCCAUAGACCUGGGAGCUAAUAUCAACUUAAUGCCUCUCUCCAUAUGCCGACGACUUGGAGAUAUAGAAAUAAUACCUACGCGCAUGACUCUCCAGUUAGCUGAUCGCUCCAUCACAAGACCGUAUGGAGUGAUUGAAGAUGUUUUGGUGAAGGUGAAGCACCUUAUAUUUCCAGCUGAUUUUGUGGUGAUAGACAUAGAAGAGGAUGUUGAUAUUCCUCUCAUUCUUGGUCGCCCAUUCAUGUCUACUGCAAGAUGUGUAGUAGAUAUGGGAAAGAAGAUGUUGCAAAUGGGCAUAGAAGAUCAGAAAAUCAGCUUUGAUCUAUUUCAUGAAGAUAAAGAGCCACCUGACCGAAAUGUCUGUUUUAAAGUUUAUGUGAUGGAGGAAAGAAUACCUGAGAAGAAGGUCCUUGAAGUUGGAACUUUAUUGGAUCCUGGAUAA